CAUUACUUUUUUCAUAGUAGAGAUUAAUUUAUUUUUUUACAAAAUGUUAAAAUUACCAUAUUUGAAAGUAUUGUUUUGUUCUUUUAUAUUUUUAUAUGGUAAAGUAUCUUCAAAUACAAUACCACUAAAAGGGUGUCAAGGUAAAAUGGAUAUGAUAUUUGUGGUAGAUGGAUCUGACCACAAUACUCCAUCAGACUUUAACAUUCUCAAAGACGCCCUUAUUGAGUUAGUAGAACGACUUCAUAUCGGCCAAGCCGGAGCACGAAUGGGACUUAUUGUUUUCAGUCAGACUGUAACAAAAGAAAUCACAGUCACCGGAAACCAAGCAUUACUUAAAAAGGAGAUAACUAACCUUAAACAGAGCGGCACAGGCGUUAACAUAGCUACAGGACUUCAAACUAUGAUCAAAAUGUUCACAGAUACUUACAAAAGUGUAGGUGUACCUAAAAUAGGGACUGUCAUUGCGACCGAACGUUCUACUGAUCCAGGACAAACGAUAGGAGUUGCAUUUGAAGCUAAAAAUGAAGGAAUCCGUAUGAAUUCUAUUGGAGUGUCUACUUUCGCAGAUAAGACGGAACUAUCUGGAAUAGCUAAUGCAGAUGACAAAGUACUGAUGGUCAAUACAUACCAGGACCUAGCAGAUGCUGUUGGCAAUGUAGUCUCAAUGGUGUGUCCAGCGCAAAAUUUAACUACAUGGAUCCCACUGACUACGACUACAUCAACGACUACAACACAGUCACCUCAAACAACCACACCUUCACGUACCAAACGGUCGCCUAUAUCUGGUCCUUGUGAGCAUUGUGAAUUAAGGAAUGGAGUCGGCUACAAUCCACAUCCAGAAGACUGUGAUAAGUUUAUCCAAUGUUACUUUGGUGAAAACAAUGAGAUAGUUGGCGCUUACAGACAGUGUCCAUGGGGGCAAUAUUGGGACCAAGAGGUUCUCACCUGUAGACCUGCUGAAAAUGUUGUCUGUCAUAAAGAGAAAUGCAGACUGCCUGGUCUGUUGUCUUAUCCUUACGGUAAUAUCAAAAACAACCGUGCUUAUUGGAAAUGUAAUCUUGGAAAGUCUGUUUCUCUGUGUUGUCCAGAGGGAUACUUGUACAGACCAUAUCAAGGAUGUGUAGAGUUCAAUGGUAAAACUGAAACCUGUCCUCCAAUAGUUUAUCACGAGGGAGCCUGUGAUAUGAGACCAGUGUUUGGAAAUGCAACUUACUACGAAAGAAUAGUUCACGGAUCAUGGAUAAGAAUGCCAUGUGCACCAGGGACUCAUUAUGAUCCAACCGAAUGUGCAUGUAGUUUAUUUUAUCCAACAUAUAUUAGCAAUGAAUGUAAACCUGAGUUGUUCAUAUCGUUUGAUGGUACAGAAAUCAAAGAUGAUUCCGGUAAAAACAAUUAUAUUGAAAACCAUAACGUUUCAAUAAAGAAGAUCAACGGAAGUAGUUAUGGUUACUUUGAUGGCAAUUCCAAAAUUGUUAUUCCAAGAUUUGCCAAUUUUGAGUCAAGAGACUUUGUUAUAAAGAUGAACUAUUCACACACUCCAAACGACAGGUUAGAAUCCCUGAUCAGUAAUGGGGAUGACUGUUGCGACAAUGUUCCGUCCAUGGCUUUGGUCAAAAGUAGACGUAAUGUCCAUUACAUGAUAAAGACUGUUGAUGAAAAGACGAGAGAAGAUUCAGUGGCCACCUUCCAUCUUCCAUCAAUCGCUGAUCCUAAUAACAACUGGAAUGAAGUUUAUUAUAUACAUGACAGUCUUAGACUAGAAGGUAGAAGUAAUGGUAUAAGACAUGAAGAUUAUGCAGUGGGUAAAAUAAAGAAAACAAAAGCUGGAUUACAAAUAGGAGCUGGAAGACUUUUUCAAAAUUUCACAGGAAUGAUAGACUAUGUGGCGGUCUAUCUGUGUAGACCAUCACAUCUGUAAACCAAAUCAAGAUAAAUAUGAAUGAAAAGUAUUACAUUGAAUUAGGCUUUAGAGAUUUGAUGAACCUGUAAAAUUGAUGGUAAAAGUAGGUAAUGAUCUCCUUUAAGUAAAUUCCAAAUGACAUGUCUGUGAUAUUAUAUUGUUUAUAUGUAUAAAAUGUGAAUUUUUAUUUAUGUAAAUAUUUUUCUUAAGUUAAAUGCGAGCAUAAGGUAUCAAAUGCUUACUUAUGUAACUGAUUGUUGAUUGAUUCGUUAUGUGUCCCAGUUUUCUUUGCUUUCAUUUUAAUUGACCAUGUUUUAUUAUGUACCUCACAAAGCAGCUGUAAAUAGACCAUUGUUAUUAUCAUAGCAACACUUAUCAUUAUUGUAACAUCAUUGUUGUAGACAUUUAUUUUUUGUUUAAUAAAAAUACAUGAUA